AGAGUGCCGAGAGAAAGAAAAGAGAGAAAGGCUCAGAGAGAAAGAGUGACUCAGUAAAUGAGAGAAAGACAGAAGAAAGAGAGAGGAAGCACAAACGCACGUGAGAGGUAGAGAGAGAAAGUCACACACACACAAAUACAGAAAAGCAGAGCUGCUGAGUGUGUGACUGUGUGAGUGAGUGUGUUUGUGUGUUUGUGUGAGAGAGUCUGAGGGUGUUUGUGAGUGUUGUUUGGUGAGUGACUCAGACACUGAGCGCACAGCUGAGAUCGGGAGGCAGGCAGGCAGGCAGGCAGGCAGAGGCAGAGGCAGAGGCAGGCAGGCAGGCAGAGUGGAAUGGAGGGAGCGCACGGAUACCAGAGGAUUUAAAUAGCCCACAUUCGGAGAGCGGGAGCUGGCUAUCAGGGCAGGAGUCAGUGGACUACCUCUGCUCUGCUCUUGUUUACUGGAGGAGGGAGGAGAGGAGAGGACGGGAGGAGGGGAACCCUACAAGACGAAAAGGACACAAGCGGCAUCAGAAGGAUUAACAGGAGUCUUGGUCUCGAUGGGUCCGGUCAUGCCUCCCAGUAAGAAGUCGGAGGGCUCGGCAGGCGUGAGCGUGGCCAGUGGCCUGGGUCGCCUGUACGCCUCGUCGGGCUCGCUGAGCCGCGCGCUGCAGGACAUGGAGGACGACGACAUGGACAUGGACCUGACGCUCGCUACGCCGCCUCCCCCUCCCCUGCUGCCGCCCGGCGGCGUCAAGGCGGAGAAAACCACCGGCUCCGGUUCCGGUUCUGCCGAGGACGAGGAACUCACCAACCUCAACUGGCUGCACGAGAGCAAGAACCUGCUCAACAGCUUCGGCGACCCGGUACUGCGCAGCGUGAGCCCGGUUCUGGGCGAGCCGGAUGAGCUGGACACUCCCCCGUCCCCGUCCCAGUCGGACCUGGGGGGCGGCGGCUACGACGCCAAGCAGAACCCCAACUGUAAGCCGCCCUACUCCUUCAGCUGCCUGAUCUUCAUGGCCAUCGAGGAUGCUCCGGCCAAGCGGCUGCCUGUCAAGGAUAUUUACAACUGGAUUCUUGAGCACUUCCCGUACUUUGCUAGCGCGCCCACUGGGUGGAAGAACUCAGUCCGGCACAACCUGUCACUCAACAAGUGCUUCAAGAAAGUCGACAAGGACCGCAGCCAGAGCAUGGGCAAAGGCUCGCUGUGGUGCAUAGACCCAGAGUACCGGCAGAACUUGAUCCAGGCACUCAAGAAGACCCCAUACCACCCCUACUCACAAGUCUUCGCCUCCCCUCCCACCUCCCCACAGAGCUAUCAGAGCAUGUCCAGUCCUCCAGUGUGGCCCGGCAGUCAGUUCUUCAGAAAAAAUAAAGGAGUGCUCCUUCAAGUCCCUCAGGGAGUGAUCCAGAACGCAGCCCGCAUGGUGAGCCAGAGCCUCUUCCCCAACAUCAGAGACCUCCCCAUUAGGUCGGUGUUGGCCGGUUGCCGGAUGCGUAGCGACAGCGAGCCCUCGUGCGACUCUCCGCUGGUGAGCAGCGACCCGAAAGAGGACCACAACUACAGCACCGGCCAGAAGGGCGUGGCUUCAUCCCCUGACCACACACCCCGGGAGGCCAGCGAGGCCAGUUUCUACGGCGACGAGACUGUCGGCGGCGCCAGCGACGCGGAAGAGGACGACAAGAGCAAGAUCAAGAAAGAGCCGCGCGAUUGGUCGGUAGACGCCUUGGCCCUGACACAGCAACAGCAGCACAAGAAGAGGUCGACGCCCACGCUUCACUUCCCUUCGCCACCGCCGCCCUCGACGACGACGACAAUGACGACCAGGGUCAAGGGUCAGCUGCGGUCGUCGUCGGGCGUCUGCGACACGCUGCUGCCGCUGAAGAAGCGGCGCACGGAGAAGCCUCCGCCGGAGCCCAGCGACGACGAGGAGAUGAAGGAGGCGGCGGGCUCGCUGCUGCACCUGGCCGGCGUACGAGCCUGCCUGAACAAUAUCACCAACCGCGCCGCCAAGGCCCUGGCGCAGCAGAAAGAACAGAGCAGGGACGCCGCCACCGUCAAAAACUGAUACUGAGCCCCCAAUCAGUGACGGGCAAACUGGAAUCAUUCGUUUUACGGUCCAGUUCCAUAUUUUCCAAUUGACCUGGUUUUACCUGCCCAAUUCAACCAGGUGAUUGACUGAUUGAAUGAUCACCUGGUUGAAUUGAAAAGGUGAAAUCAGGUUAUUUGGAAUAUGUGGCACUGGAUUGUGAACUUAUAAAUCCAUGUUGACCAUCACUGGCCCCCAAUACACACAGACGGACACACAGAUGAACAGAUACUGAGAAAACGAGACUUUUAGUACUAAGAGGGGAUAGAUGGACAAAGAGAAAGAGAUUGAAGCGAACUGAGCAAAGUUUGUUGUUGUUUCUGCCUGGCUGGGGAAUAAAUGAAUUUAAAAAAGGAAAGAAACAGAGGCGGGAAAAUAGAGGGAGAAAAAACAUCACUUUUAAUAGAAUUUGCUAUUUUUUUCCAGGACAUCAGGUGAAUUCUACUGAUUUGUGGCAAUACCAACAAUCAUUUUGUUUUCCUAUCUUUAUAAGUAAUGUCUUUUUUGAGGGUGCAUUUUGUUUGUUGCUCUUUGUUUUUAUUGUUUCGUUUAAAGGAGAUUAAAGCCAUAGCAAAACCUUUAUAUGAUGUUUAGGUAAGUUAGUGAUAAUUUAGACCUUUUCAGGUUUCUUUUGUUUGGCUAGAAUUAAAAAACUACAAAUUAAUUACAUCAAAUACCCCACUGGUCCCCCAUUACUACUGUAGAUUGGCACGGUUCGGGGCGAGUAGGAUGUUGAAAUGCAGCCGCUGAAGGCACAAACAAACUAGCAAUUAAGCAAUGAGCAAAAAAGUUUCGCUAAUUUAGCCGCCGUUAGCUAUGGCAAUGUCAGAAAGUUAAAUUGAUAGGUUAGAGUGAGGAGACACGUAGAGAUACCUAUAGACGCCGCUCUGGGCUAAAAAGUGCCAAAGAGGUCUCCACCAGCAGACGGGACACCCUGACUGAUUAGAAAUGCACUAAUUUAAAAUAAAACACACACAAGAUUGUCAUUGACAAGCAUUGGCACCAGACUGUCAACAAGUCCCCCACGAUGCAGUGUUUCUGUGAGUGUCUCCUUCUACAGGUGGAUUAAGGUAUAGUGCAAAAAUAAAACAAAGCCAUAAGCCUUUAUCAAGUGCUUUUUGGAGAGAGAGAGAAAUCACACACAUAUUUUUCCUUAAAACUGCCAGUCUCCUUCUAAAGCAAUCAUAAUUAGAGGCAUAUAAAUCUUCCUGAGGUUAGAAUUACCACAAAAACCUGCCAAUCGUAUUUUAGUGAUAAAAAAGGAUCAUGGAGUUUGGAGUUAUCAUAGAGUUUGUUCAUUUGGUUUUUUUCUCUUGUUUGUUUGUGUUUGUGUUUUUUUCAAACCCUCAUGUAAUAAGCAAUUUCAUCCAGUCAGGAUAACACUGUAAAAAAAAUGUUCCACUAGUCUUUCCUUCUCUUUUCUUAAUUGAAGCAAUGUGUAGCCAGCAGGACAUUCCAAAUCGUGUUGCAUGGGUUCCUUAAAAGAGACGAUAAAGAAGAUGAAGAAGAACAAAAAAAGAUUUUUUUAAAAUUUAAAGUUCAUGUAACGUAAAUAAUGCAUUUAGCAUGGAGCAUGGAUUAUUUUCAUAUAAAUAGAAAAAAAACCUAGAGAACAAAGAUGUUGCUUCUAAUGCCUGAGCCUGUAGGCUUGGACUUUCUUGACAUUUUUGUCUUAAUUUUAAGAAAUUGUAUAUUUUAUUUUUUGUUUUGUUGUUUUUUAAAAAUAAUUUGUUCGUUCUCAUUCGUACUUGUUUUCAAGCAGGCAUUAAAAAGGAUAAACCUUUUUCAGGGACACACACAGACUGUUUGGCAUCUACCGCUGCAAUAUGAGGACUUCAUGUUAACACAACGAGUAGGGCUAAGUCAGUUUGUCCGACUGCUCCCGGGUCCACACACCACCACCUCCAUCACCCUCAGCCAGACACCUACAGACAGAGCCCAAGUCAUGUACGGAUCCAGCCCUAAUUUGGGGGCUCAACACCUUGGUCAACCCUCUUCUGUUUGGAUUUGUCUCAGAUUCUCAAAACGGGAUCAGGCUCGGAAUCGGAUGUCGUUCAAUUCUGAUAUCAUCUGGUUUGGAAGCCCGGUUCAACACUGGACCGGGAUCUGUGGAUCCCACCUCGGCCCAUCUCUGUAAUCCACGUCCUCAUCUGGGUUGUAAAAUCUGGAUUGGAUCCGUGUUGCGGUCGGCAGGCUGGCUUGCUGUCGUGUGGGACACACACACACACACACACAUUAGGCCAGCUUUCGGGUUUCAGGAGAAGUUAGUAGUGAGUGUCAGUCCCCUUCCCGUCUCCACUCUCCAGUGCACCCAGACUCAGUUAUUACGACUUCUAAUUUGAGUUUCAUUAGCUGUCAAAGUGUGUUUGUACUGUAUGUAUGCUUGUUUUUGGAUAAUGUGUUUAGAUCUGUCUUCUAGACUUCAAGGUCUUCCAUUUGUACGACACAUUGUACCUACCUACAGUACCACAGGACUUUACCACACGUGUUUCUUUAUCAGAGUAUUUGCCACUUGUCGAUGUAGCAUUGUUCAGGUUUUCCGCCAGUAUUAGUACUUUGACACACACACACACACACACACACACACACACACACACACACACAAACACAAACACAAACACACACACACUGCAAAAAAAUACAUACAGUACUUUUAAAUUCCCCCAGAGAGAUAACCCCCUCUAGUGCAUAAUAUCCCCCUUCUCCUUUCUGGAUUGCACUAAGAUAAUAAGUUACAGAUAUUUUUAAAGUUCAGUGCCAAAGCCUAUAGUGAUUUUAUAUCAAUCUAUCUAUCUCUAUCUAUAUGCGUUACCUAGAAUAUUAUACAUACUUGAGCUGUCUGUCAACAAUUUGCAAUUGUCAAUGAACUGUAGCAUUUGUUUUUGUCAAUGAAAUGAAAUGAAAUCUGUAUAAUAGGCGGCUCUUGAUAUCUCUCUCUCUCUCUCUCUCUCUCUCUCUCUCUCUCUCUCUCUCUCUCUCUCUCUCUCUCUCUCUCUCUGUCUCUCUUGUUUCCAGUGCAGCGCUGUAUAUUGCUCAUCCCUGUUCAUGACACGGACCUCAUUUUAAACUCUCACCACGUCCCAUCGUCAUUUCUCUUAAACUAUUUGAAUCUCUCUGUAUGUCUGCCUUUCUUUCCCCCCUCUGCUCACCUCAUCAUAUGUCCAAAAGUUCAGCAGCCUGCUUUCUGCAGAGUGGGAAAUUACGGUACUAGGAAACAAACAAAGAACUGAUAACAAAUAAAGAGAGUCUGACCUGGAAAUGACCCUGGCAAAAAAAAAUCCAUGAAACCCUUUUGCAAUUGUAUUGAGUAGAAAAUUGCUGGGCGGUGCUAACCCGCCAGUCAAAAAAAAAUGUUGUGCUGCUGCUAAGUGGGUUGGUCUAGUUUAUUUACCAGGCAUGGGCGUGGCUGCAGGACUAUCACUGUACUCAUAUUCACUGUCCAGAAAUGCAUGCUUAGGUGUCUCAGUCUGUCAGCCACCUGUCAACCAUGAACCAGAAUCCAGCAUCUUCACCCUACAUCCACAGUGCAUUGUGCUUUAACCCUGUUUUGAUAAUGUGAUUUGGUUUCAGACAACCAUGUUUUUGGGGUGGUUGACAUGUUGGAAUGGGGGAUCUUCUCUUUGUCUCCCGGUCUGAAACAUUCACUCUUUUACUGCAGAGGGCACUACAAACAGUAGGACCAGUGAUGGCAAGCCUAGAUUCGUUCCAUACAACCCAGUGCCACAUAUCUCAAAUGAUCCCAGGUGAUCAACCAGGUGCUUUUCUGGUUUUAUUGGACAGAGAAAACUAGGUCAUUUGAAAUAUGCUGCACUGGAUUGUAAACUAAUGAAUACAGGUUGCCCAUCACUGCAUGGGAUACUGGUCACAUUAGUAGUGCACUUUGCAGUGAACAAGUGAACAUUUUGUAUUGAGCUCUUCUGUUUGCCUUGGGUGCAAGCCAGUCUUUGUCCUCCAGUCCUUUCCUGUAGCCUCUGGCCUUGUGAUGGAAGGCUCAAUAUCAUCGAUGAUCAAGGUUUUUUUAAAAGUCAAUAUUUUGUAAGAACAAAAGGUCAUUCUCUCAUUUGCAAUUGGGAUGUGAGUGGGAGAAAGUCCCCCAAAAAGUUGCUCUGUGUUGGGGUUCGUUUCUCGAAAGUGCCGCUGCUAGUUUCCUUAGCAACUUACUCAGUACGAACUACAAAGAAACUCAACCCUUUCCCGAAAACCUCGUCCGGACGUAUCCACGUUCCGAUCAGAAUGGUUAGCUUGUUUCCUGUUGUUUGGCACGUCACUCUUACUUGUGACUUUUUGCCGUCUUUGGGCGAGUUCAAGCAAGAUUAAAUGACAAGUGUCCUACUCUUAGUACACCAAAAUUAAAUAGAUGAAAAGUCAUGUAAAACAAAAAAGGUACAAAACACACACAUACAAACAAUAUAACUCAGUCAGAGUCGGAAAAGAUACUCCACAAUCUUGCUUCUCGAUCCCCAAUCAAUCAAGGCUGCGCAAAAAAUAUCACAGGAUUCGAACCCACCAAGCAGCAGCCACUAAAAGCAGUCUUCUCUCGGAGACACACUGAUCCAGAGAUUCUACAAGAGAUAAAUUAAAUUAAUAUAUAGUGAUGUAAACCAACAUUUGCUUAGCCUAUUGCUUUAAUGAGGGAGGAAUUUGGGGACCUGAUAAUGUUGACAAAAACGUACUGACUUUGUGUGUACUGAAUCUGAUGAGUCCUUCCAUAUGGUGCCGUCACUGUCUGCGACAAAUGCACCCAAGCGGACCCAAGAGACUCUGGGUAUUUCUGAAAACUCAGUUGUGUUAUAAAACCUACUAGGUUCAAACUUCCAUCAGACUUACACUCGACUUUGUUGGUUUGAGAUUUUUGAGAAACUGACGUUCUCUACAUAUUGUUUUGUUUGAACUUACAUCGUACCACGUUGGCUUAACGCUAACCUACAUCGUUAUUUGGGAAAGGCACCCCUGGUUGACAGAAAGGAAACUUCGAGGCAGUUAAGAUGCUAGAGGACACUGGAAAGGACAGGAUAAAGUAGCUUGACUUGCACCCCUUGUCUUUGCCUUGUGUCAAUGUCAGUACUCACUACUUAACCUUUCCCCCCUGACCCCUGACCCCAGCCUCACCUGAUCUCCUCUGUGGCAGGAGGCGGGUGUGGAGAAUCUGCAAAACGAUAUAUACAAUCAGAAAGCAUUAAUAUUACCCAGGCAAAUAAUGGUCAAUAAAGAGACGAUGUGUUUUCUAUUAUUAUUAAUAAUGUAAUUAUUACCUUUCUUUUUUUCGCUUUUGUUUUUUUUAGGUUGUGUUUGUUUUUUUAAUGUUUUACUGUUUGUUACUUUUCAAAGGUUGAUGUUAACUGCCAUUUUGUUUCUUUGGUUGUUUGUGGAUUGUUUCCAACAUCUCAAAGAAGAAAACGAGAACGUGAAAGCUUGGGGAGGUUGCAAUGUGACGAUGUUUUCUGGUUUUGUGUAAACUCAUUGAGUCUAGAGGCAGAAGUGAACAGUCAAUAUGGAGGCAGAACUAGAGAAUGAAACAGGCUUUCAAAGACAAAUAGAAUUUGACCUGAGCCCGGUCUGACCCAUUUUGAUUGGCAGCUUCGUAGAGCCUGAACUCGUUUGCAGUCCAAUGUUUUUCAAAUGUGCAUAUAUGGCAUAUCAGUCAACAAUUAAUAAUUUGUGCUGUAGGCCUACAUUUUCAACAUUUUGAAGAACUAUGGUUACAGAUGUCUGAGCAAGAAGGUAGUUUAGGCUAAAAUAAAUGAUCUGUUCAAGAAAGUAAAAGUAAAAUAGCUACCGGUACCGCACAAGUAAUAAUGCAAUUCAAUUCAAAUUAAAUAUAAAAAAAAUAUGGGUGGUCCUGUCGGGUCCUGACGAGUUUGGUGAAAAAUUCCCAUCACUUGGCAGAAUCGCAUUCUGUAUUUUCUUGAUGUGUAAUCAUAUUGCCAAAGACAAAUGAUUGAAAACAUUAUGAUGUAAAUAUCACUGUUGACCAUAACUAUGAGCAAAAUGUGUUUGUUUUGGUUGUUUUUUCGUUUUGAUUUGUUUUGUUUUGUUUUGUUUCUUCCUCUCAACCACACCAUCAUGUUUUGUGCUGUAUUGUCUUCCAAUUGCAAUAAAAAAGAGUUUCAAAC